AUAAUGGCGCUAUCUCCGCCCCGUCUUCAACUUCAUUUCGACCGCCGACAGCAUCAGCAUCUUCCUCUCCACGCUGCUGCUUUUACCAUGUAGAUGAGUUGCUGAAGAAUGGAUGAUCAAGGCGAUACACCGCCAAAUGUGAUGCCUAUCUAAAUCCCGAUCGGCCAUGCACUAGGUGCCUCAAGAUGAAAGUACAGUGCAUCAUUUCGGAUCCAUUUCGGAGAGAGCACAAACGCCGGAAACUGUCUGAACUGGAACAGGAAACAGAUGAGUUGCGUCGGAGAUUGAGAUCGUCCCACAGUACUCACCCUCAGUACUCACCUAUCGACAUGCUGACGGCUGCCGCGGAGCUGGGCGCGCAUCAACCAGGGAACGAAGGGGCUGUGCACUUAACACCUCAGUCACAGUCAUCCCCGGUCCCCUACCCCCCGACGACAGUACCUUCCGUCUCCCUCGGACCGCCCGCGGCACGAGUGGAAUAUGCUUCAGGGGAGCGGCCUUCGGAUCCUACUGUGUCACGUACUCUAGACGGGGUAGAAGUCACGGGUGAGGAAAUAGAUGAGAUUUUCCAAUUGUUCUUUGAUCAUUACGCUCAGUUUCUUCCCAUCCUCGACCCAUUGACCACCCCUAACGCAUACUAUGCGCAGUGUCCGUUUCUAUUUUGGGCUGUUAUCGGGGCUGCAUGCAGGACGUACCCCAGAAACCCGACAUUGCUGACCGCACUUGCACGAAGCAUUACAGACAUGGCAUUGCUUUCACUCGCGUCAGCCUCAGCCCCAUGGCAUAUAAUACAGGGCUUGUUGCUCUUUCUCACAUGGCCAAUGCCGAAGGAUAACACAAAGCCUGAACUAACCUUUCCACUAAGUGGAAGUAUGCUGCACAUUGCUAUGCAGAACGGACUGCAUAUUCCCAUGUCGAGUCACGAGUUCACCAAGAAAAGGAUUCCGGCUCCAUCUGAAGCGGAAUUGAUCCGACGAUCUGAGCUCUGGGCGCGCUGCGUCAUCGUGUACCAACGCGCUUGCAUUAUAAAGGGGCACCCGCCUCGUUCCUUUAUGGAGCUGGAGCAGGACUUCGGGCUGCGCGAGGUGUUAAUUCAGAAGUUAACGCCGUCGCUGGUCCUAGAGAGGAAGUGCCAGGAGCUGGUUGCUCGUUGCAGUGCGGCCGUGCUAGAAGUUGGAGUACGAACGAUGUCUCUAGAGCAAGAAAGAGCCUUAGAUAUAGUCUUACGUACAUUCGAGACACAAGUCACUGAUUUAGAGGCGGGGACAUGUCUAACAUAUGACCGAUUUCAGACGAAGACCUGUUGCUUGAGCAUCCAAAUACUUCACUUUUUCAAAACCCAGACGUUAUACUCAACAAAUUGCCUUGGACGCCUCCUCAAUACGGCCUGUUCAGCUGUCGAGUGUGUGCAGGAUUUGAACCGAGAGGCUAUAAGCCUCGCGGCAACUCCUCUGGAGGUAUACUUUGGGAUGCUUCUCGCCUCGGUAACUCUCUUGCGCAUACAUAAAGGCGCUCCAAUGCCAGGCUUGGAUCUGGAAAAGGCCCGGUCGCGUUUCUUUGCGGCAAUUAACCUCCUUAAACAGAUGUCUGUCCAAAACAACGAUGGCGCGGCGAAAACGGUUCUUGUCCUAAACCAACUGUGGAAUAGCACCAGGGCGUUCCGCAAGUCCGAUGGGAGUGAUUUCACCACGCUUCGGAUCCGCAGCCGAUUGAUGCUCAGUCCUGUGGCGGAUGCAGUGUGGUGGUGGCGGGAAGAGUAUGACCCUCAGUUUCGGUCAGGGGGCCACACCCAGGGAAACAUGCCGGAUGGCGUCGAUAUCAAUCGAGAUAACAUGGCGACCGCACCGAUUGGUCUGACGGAGCGCCCCGAGCCCAUUCUCUUCAAUGACCAAUUCCUUGCGGAUUUUGAAUGGGCUUUAGUAGACGACGAGCUUUUUCCUUCGACAGAACCGUAUGGUUCAGGUUGGUCAUCUGUAGGUGCCCCCAUGUAACACUGACAGAACCUUAAGUUGGUGCCAUUUAGUUAGACUGCAUAAGGGCAGCCCAAUCUCAGGCCAUGGCGCAGGCGGUUCUCUACUACUUCGUUAAACGUGGCAAGAUUCACUCUCCAGGCAUUGACUGUCUCCGCAUUAUGCUUCCAAUGAUACCUUCAAUAGUAACAAUGGCAUGCGUGUGGUUGAUGGUUCCAGCCCGUAGCACACUCAGUCCGCAUGGAUGAU